CAUGCUCGCUAGUGGGUGGGGAGUGAUUGACCGCACAUUCGGCCCUGGUUGCCAUCACCCAGACACCCAUGAGGAAAAUUCAACGGUGCAGGACCCCUUGCCAUCCCAGUUAACUAUUUCAGGCCCCAUCAACACUGCGAUUCUCUUCUCCUGGCUUUUGGCCUUUUUCUUUGCCACAAACCGCUGGUUUCCUUGCCUGUAUCCACCCGGUCCACGCCCAUCUGUAUCUUUCCCCCUCAUUGGCAACUCUCCUCCGCUGGUUGCAUUUAAAUAGCGGGGAAAUCAAGCCUAAGACAGCAACACAACAACAACAACAACACCGCAACUUCGCAUCGUCGGUCGUCCUCUUUCAGCGAAUACUCAGAUACAAUGGCUGCGCCUACGCCUGCACCCUCGGAGCUCGAGCUCGAUCCCAAGCACGAUAACUACGAUUUCCCGACCACACCGCCUCGCCCGCAAAAUGGGCAUCCCGGCUACCUGACCGCUCAACAGCAGGCCCAGGUGCACCAACUGAGGCUGACCCUCGAGUCUGAGGGUUACACCGAACGCCUGGACACUCUCACGCUGCUGCGCUUCCUGCGCGCCCGGAAGUUCGAUGUUGAUCUUUCCAAGAAGAUGUUCGUCGAGUGCGAAGCGUGGCGGAAAGAGACAAACCUCGACGAGGUACUGCCGACUUGGGACUACCCCGAGAAGGGGGAGAUCUUCAAGUACUACCCGCAGUACUACCACAAGACCGACAAGGACGGCCGUCCCGUUUACAUCGAGCAGCUCGGCGGCAUUGACCUGAACGCCAUGUACAAGAUCACAACGGCGGAGCGCAUGCUGACGAACCUGGCGGUCGAGUACGAGCGUGUGUCGGACCCGCGGUUGCCGGCGUGUAGCCGUAAGGCAGGCACGCUGCUCGAGACGUGCUGCUCCAUCAUGGACUUCAAAGGCGUGGGCCUCGGCAAGGCUUCGCAGGUGUUCGGCUACGUCAAGCAGGCGAGCGGCCUCAGCCAGAACUACUACCCGGAGCGCCUCGGCCACCUGUACCUGAUCAACACGCCCUGGGGCUUCAGCACCGUCUGGAACGUCGUCAAGGGCUGGCUGGACCCCGUCACUGUGCAGAAGAUCCACGUGUUCGGCAGCAGCUACAAGGACGAACUGCUCAAGCAGGUCCCCGCCGAGAACUUGCCCAAGCAGUUCGGUGGUACGUGCGAGUGCGCGGGCGGGUGCCAGUUCAGCGACAUGGGCCCGUGGCGCGAGGCCGAGUGGGCUAGACCCGCCAAGUGGGAGAAGAAGGCCGAUGCGACGAUCCAGACGGCGCCCUCGGCGGUCACGGAGGGUGCCGGGACCAGCGCCGCAGCGCCCGCUGUUGUAGAGGCCACUGAUGCGGCCAAGGCCGAUGCUGCUGCUCCGGCUGCCGCGUAGGGGGCCGACAGCUAGGCAGGAACUGCGCGUUUGAGCUGAACCGGGGUGUUGGUUAGCAAACGGACCGAGUUCAACCUGAAUAUAAAGUUCCUCGGCGAUCCGAUAUGUACAAGUGGCUAAGGGAGUAAGCAUCUUUGCAGAGUUUCUGUGGACGGACCUGGGGACGCGUAGACCCCUGGGCCCUCCGUAAUAUCUUGAUCAUUCACAUGGAUACACAAUAGACUCGUUGCAUGCUUUG